AUGACCGGCCUCUCCUACUCCCCCCGAACAAUGAAAUCGCUCGCAGUCCAUAGAUCUCUCAGUGCCGAGGAAGGUGGAAUGCCAAUCUCCGAUCUUGGUGGAACAGCUUCCCGGUCCUUGGUCAUACCAUCAAAGGACUCCGAGGGGGAUGUUAUUCAUAGAACACCACCUCGCAGCGGCGAGACAUCUCGCAAGUCCAACAACGGGAAAGCUACUGGUCAUGAGAUGGAGGCUCUCGACCAGAAAUAUACGCCCGCUAUAUAUCCUAAUAUCAUCAAGCAAGCCCGAAGCAACACAAACCGCGACGCAGCCACCAAACCCCAGUCCUCCCCGGAUAAAAGCCAGCAAUUGUUGAAUAGUGUCUCUCAGUCCUGGAAAUUGUCCCCAGAAAUCCAAGAAAGCAAGUAA